GUUGAGAAAUCUUGCUCUAGAACAAUUGGGUUUCAUGCCUUAUUUUUCCAGAACAAGUGAGAUAUCCAAUGUUAGCUUCUAAAGCGUGCCUACUGAUGAGCUUGAUUCUUUUAGAACUGGCUGUUCUUCAGUAGCAGCAAAUAUUUAUUAAUCACUAAUUUUUGGUUUUGUUUUUGUUUGGCAGCUGUCCAGUAUGAGGAUCCAAACCUUUGACCUUGAAUCACCAUGUUGUAUUCAGAAUAUGUAUUAAGCGUGAUUGGGGAUACAGAAAGGCAUUAGACAUUAUCUGUACCCUCAGGGAGUUUAGAGACUUCUGGAGGAGGUAAAAGGGAUCUGGUUAGUUUGCUCCUGGCUGCAGAUGAGCACUCCCUAGAUUCCAGGAGCUAUUGCAUGCAGUAGUGGCUGUACUCAUAGACUAUCCUGAUUGAGGUGGCACUGCUGGCUUAAGUGAACCUUCCCAAUAGCUAACUCCUUCUUCCCACAGUUUUGCAAUGCCCACCAAAACCAUGGAGAUGUUGCGGCUGCCAGACCAAGGCAGCAAGAUGUUCCUGGACGCAGUCCUUACCACCCAUGAGCGAGUGGUUCAGAUCAGCGGUUUGAGUGCUACGUUUGCAGAGAUUUUCUUGGAAAUAAUACACAGCAAUCUUCCUGAAGGAGUCAAAUUGUCAGUGAAGGAGCACACUGAAGAAGACUUCAAAGGAAGGUUCAAAGCUCGGCCAGAACUGGAGGAACUGUUGGCCAAGUUGAACUAGCUAUUGCAGACCCUUUCAUGCCAACACUGGUGAUACUGAGUGCCAGGGAGAAGAGCUUCCUGGCUGGUUAUAGUUAAGCAGGAUACUGUGAUCCUUAGAUUUAAUAAGUACACAUCCUCACAGCCAGGAAUCCUCUCCUCUGUGGCGUGGCUGUGCUUUCCAGUUUGUUACCACUUUGAGCUAACCUUCAUUAUCCUCCAUCUAAUAAAAAUCUGCUGCUGCUGGUGUCUGUA